AUGGUAACCUCUCAACACCCCAAUACUGUUGGCAGCAAUGGCAGCAAUGGCAGCAGUCGAAGCAAUGGAGUUGGUCAUGACAAGAAAGCGUUCUAUGGUCUGAUGCUCUUGCUGGGCUUGGCUAUGGUGGUCAUCUUCAUGCAGCAGACAAACUUGAAAAAUCUGCAGCAAGACCACCAAAAUCACCAUCACGAAUCUAAUCAUAAGACUAAUGAUGCUUCCUCAUCUCCACUACAACAAACAUUCCAGAGUGACGGUGGUAGUGGAAAACACGAAUCUAAUCAUAAUACUAAUGAUGCUUUCUCAUCUCCACUACAACAAACAGUCCAGGGUGACAGUGGUAGUGGAAAACUAGUAAAUAAGAAACUCCCGGACUGGCGCAUUGCCGUGGAUUGUUCCAUCUGGGACUUUCACUGUGUCACUAACCGGCAAAAGUCUGGUGUGUACGAAGCAUAUCCAUUUCCCUACACCAGGAAGUACGACCAUGAACAUUUGUUUAAGUGGGAACAAAUGAACAAAGUCCCAGUGGAAUGGCAACCGGAACUGGCCAAUAUCAGUACAACACUAUCCUUUCCACCACCACGGACCGUGGAAUACACCUACAAGGAACCAGUCUCCGAGUCGGAGCUUCAGAAAUGCCUCCAGUCGGCGCAGGAUCUGUCGUGGAAAGAGCAAAUACACUCGUUGAUUCAUGGGGCCAAAAAACAACUGGAUGCCAGCAAAAAUGACCUGAAUCUGUUAGCGUUUACCAUAUCCGACUACAAGUAUGCCAAGGACAUGAUGCACGACUUCUUCCAAAUGAAUGACAACAUUGUGGGAUUACCAGGCGCCCUCUUCAUGGUGGCCAUUGAUCAUGAAACCUUGGAAAUGGCAUGUCGCUACAAUUACCCAGUUGUGGCAUGGACCAGUGCGGUUGCUCCAAAAACUGUUGAUACAGAACAAGAGGACCUCAAACACUCGGUUGCCAACACCAAAUUUGAAGUAUCCCUGGCACUGUACUGUCCCAAGUGUGUCAAUAUUGGAGUUUACCUGGUCCAUGCCAAUGCCGCCACCAAGGAAUACUUUAAAGUGGCCAUUCAGCUGGCCCAAGACUGCCCUGACACCCAUGAUCAAUUCGUCAUGGCACAGAUCUUGCACAUGGUCAACAUGGGCGAAAAGUUUGGCUAUAGCAAAAAUUGGAAACCGGCCCCACCAGAUUACAUUCCCAAGUUUCAGCAUCCCGUCAAGCAUGGAUUUUUCAGUUCUCAUGAAAUUGCGGCUGCGGAACGGCCAUACACAUCCCAAAUGGCCAUCGCCAUUCAUCCACUACGAGAUGCUCCACUCAAAAGCCCACACGGCAAGAAAAUUCUGGCCAAAGAAAUGGGAGCCUGGUAUGGAUUCGAGGGACCACCGGGUGCCAUCCAGGCAGGAACCGCAGCGGGAUACUAUCAUCGCCAAGGUAGAGCCCGGAGAUACUUGAUGAUGGAUGGACACAUCUUGAAUGGAUAUUCCACUGUCAUUAAUUGGGAGUUUGAUGCGGGCGAAGCUGGAAUAAACGGAUUUUUCGAAAACCUGUUUUGGGCAGUGGCCACAGUAGUGGCACUGGCACGCCGAACUGGUCGCAUUUGGAUUCUGCCACCAGUGCCAGCAGAGCGGGGUAUUCAUUUUCUAUGGUCUAUAUUGGAUCUCGAGUCAGUGGAAGAACUGGGUGUGGACUAUCGGGAAACAACUUUUUUCAGCAACCCAAAGUCUUGGGUUCAUCCCCAUGACACUCCGUUUGACACGGUUGCUCGAACAGCUUUGGGGCGUCUUGAUAAGGACCAGACCAUGUUUGCACAGUAUAAUGAUGUCCAUGAUGAUCCGGUGACACGAGCGUGGAGGUUUGACACUGCCACCAUCGAUGAGGUUGCUUCCAUGGAUGCAUGGUGGGCACUUCAUACAACAAUUCCCCAGGUUGAUGGUGCUGAGGCCCUGCUUGUGAACUCACACUUUUUUUAUGUGGGCUCUCAUAAAAGAAUUGAGACGGAACUACGAAGAAAUGGGUUGGACAGUAUGAAACCUCAUUCGGCUACAGGGCGAGGCAGAGCUGAGUAUGAUAUUGCAGGAGUCUUCUCCAAACUUCGGUGGUGCAAGGACAAAGAUUUCCGUUUUAGAAUUAUAGGUAAUUUCCAAGCCAGCGAUGAUUGCUAUGGGAGAGGAGAACGCAUGGAGUGGCUUGGCAGACUAUAA